CAAAACUGACAAAUUGCUGGUCACCAAAAUACCAAAGUAAGGGUUAAAAUUUGAAUUUCUGAAAUAAACGAUGAAUAAUUUCCAUCAUUUUAACCCCCCAAACAAUUAUUCAUCAAAUUAUUACCAAAAAAAAAACUAUCAUUGUAAAUUUUCUGUACUUAUUUAAUGGCCCAAAACAAUAUGGUAGAUUACAGUAAAUGGAAAACCAUCGAGUUAUCUUCGGACGAAGACGACGUUCACCCUUUUAUUGAAAAUGGUACUUUGUUUCGAUUACGACACGAACAUAGGCUACGUAAGAUGGAGGAUCGUAAAAAAGAAGAAUUUGCUUUCGAAUGUCAAAGAGCCAGUUAUCUGGAUCGAUUAAGUAAACUGGAAGCUUCGAUGGAAAACAAUGAAAAACAAGGUAAAGAAAACGAGGAACUUGUAGAAAAAAUGAAGGAACUGCAAAUCGAAGAGAAACAAUUGAAAGAAAAAGAAGAAAAGCUCAAUAAGCAGGUGGUAGCUUGGUACAUCGACACGAUUUGUAAACCAGGAUUUUCUAAGGCUCAAAUUAAUAAAUCAGACGAAAAACCCGAAGAUUUCGAACAAUUCAUCGAAAAUAACGAGGAAAAAUUACAGCAUUUUGGCCACUUGAAGACGUUCGAAGAGACUCAAAAUUUCCUCAUUAAUCAUCCUCAUUUGAUGUGCAGAAACACGUUGUAUUAUUUGAUUUCGUACGGAAUAGAAUUACAUUUACAAAGUGAUAAAGAUAAGCUAAGAAGUGUCAGUCGUCAAAUCGUGUGCCUGGAGAAUAUUUUAGAAUUAUUUAAAAAAGUCACCAAGAACAGGAAAGAAGUUCUCGUUAGUUUUUUUCAAAACAUUAUCUCGUCAGAUGAACAAACGAAACAUGAUUUUAAACGAGAAUACCUCAAAGUUGAAAAGCAAAUCAAAGAAUUGGUAGAAGAACGUAUUCAAGAAGAAGCUGAAAACCCAGUCAAAGAUGAUGAUCAUACUUAUGCUCUCAGUGCUGAAGAAGUUUACAAAUCAUUACCAGAAGAAAUGCAGCAUUGUUUCCUCGCCAGUGACAAAGAAGCUCUGGCCAAUGUAAUUCACAACAUGCCCGAAGAUUUAGCUAAUUAUCAUAUGCAACGUUGCAUCGAUUCCGGUUUAUGGGUUCCAUAAUAACAAUAUUCGUUAUCUCGAGUGAAUCAAUUCAAAACAAUCCCUAUGAAAUAGCAUCGAGUCUUUCAUAUUAUACCUACAAUAUUUCAUGUUACUCAUCAAUAAAUUUUUAAAAUUUUGAAAUUAC